AUGACAGUUCGUGAUUCGAAAGUGACGCUGGGUCAGCUAAGAUUUAAAAAACCUAUCAUUUCCACGGUUAAUGAACCUAUUCCCACUAAAGAAUUGUUGAGUAGAUUGCAAAUACUCACAGAUGAAUUAUCAGCGGUACAUCAAGAUCAGGUCGAUAUAGAAACUUUUGCCAGCAUAAAGAAAGAUCUAGCUAAUAAGAAGUUAUUGAAACAUGCUAAUGUGGGUGUUCAAGCAUAUGUUUGUUGUGGUAUAUCAGAUAUUUUAAGAAUAUACGCCCCGGAUGCCCCAUUUACUGCUAAUGAGCUCUCGCAGAUAUUCAGGGCAUUCUUUCAACAAUUCAAGAAGCUAGCAGAUACAGAGAAUCCAUAUUUUCAACAGCAGAAUUACUUGUUGAAGAGAUUGGCUGAGGUGAGAUCAGUAAUCCUCAUCACCGAUUUGCCAGAUGCACAACAGUUGAUAGAAUCGAUGUUUGAAAUAUUCUAUGAUUUAUCGACCAAGAAGUUUCCUGCUAGAUUGGAACCGUUGGUUUCUGAUAUACUCUCUGAAAUUAUUUCCGAGUCGGACGUUGUUCCACAUAACGUGUUGAAGAUGAUCUUGAAUAAAUUUUUAACCAAUUUUCCGGAGGAGUCAGCUAUUACUUCGGGCUUAAAAUCAAACAUAUCGAACCCAGGCUUCAAUUUUUCACUUAGUAUCUGUGAAGCUAAUUUGGACAGAAUGUCCCGUCAGGUAGCGCAGUUUUUCUCUGAAAUGCUAUAUGAAAGUACUAGCCAUGCCGAAAGGGCAGAAAACAACAAUGACCGUAGCAAUACUAGCAAAGACAAAAUAAACCAGGUUCAGGCUAUAGAAAGCUUGAGAAAAAUACAUAAACUAUCUAUACAGAUUUGGAAAGCAAUUCCAGAAUUGUUAGGGUCUGUUAUGGGGUUGUUUAACGAUGAAUUGAAUACUGAUGAUGAGAAAAUACGUAUACUAGCUACCGAAACUAUAGGUAAUAUGAUUGGUGCUUCCCCUAGUGUCAGUGUUGUUGCAAAAGCUAAUUUUAUUAUAGCUCAUAGAGAAACGUGGCUAAAUUGGUUAAAGAAAACUUUAGAUGUAUCUCCUGCGGUACGUUGUAAAUGGGUUGAACAGUUGCCCCAGAUAAUUAAUUCGUCUAACUCAUCUACUUCUGAUAUUUCAACAGAAUUAUGCAAUGGCGUUACGAAGUGCUUAUUAGAUACAGAUGAGAGAGUACGCUUGACUGCAUGUAUUAGUAUUGAAAGAAUUCCUUUUGACAAAUUUACUAGCAGGGUAUGUAAUAAAAAUAUUAUGAGUACUUUAUCACAAUUGAUAAGAGAGAAGAAUCCAGAAAUCAGAAACGAAAUCAUUAAGAUCUUAGGAAAUCUUUAUAACCAAUACUUUGAAGCAAAAGCUAAUAAUAAAGUGUUAGAUUUUGGUAGUAAUAAUGAAGUUGAUAGUAAUGAAUUAGAAAAAUCAAUAUACUAUGGAAUUCCAAAUCAAAUAGUAUCCUUAAUCUAUAUUAAUGAUAAAAAUAUUACUUCGGCUGUUGACAUUUGCAUAUUCGAAAAAUUAUUACCGUUUGAAAGUAACGGUAUCAAAAGAGUUGAUAGGUUAGCCCAAUUCUAUAAUAAUUUGAAUGAAAAGAGUAAAGCGUCAUUCUUUGCUAUUAAUAAAAGACAAAGACAAAUAUCAGAUGUGCUACAGACCUUUGUUGAGACAGCCGAAGCAUAUUCUAAGCUUGGCUCAAUAAAUGAUAAUAACGAAGAGAAAGAAAACAUGAGAAAUGACUCUGGUAAGUCUGAUUCAGAAAAUAUGACCGCCGAGGGUAAACGAGAAACAUUAAUCAAGAUGGACAAAAUUAUAAAUUGGUUAUGUGUUUCUUUUCCUGAUGGGUUGAAUACACAUGCAUGUUUAGAAAAGCUUUUCAAAUUAAAAAAUUUCCGUUUUUUCUACUUGAUUAAGGUUUGUAUUUCUCCUGAGUCAGAUUAUAAUACAAUUAAAAAUUCCAUGAAGGAGUUAUUGAAUAAAUUGACGAAUGCAAAGAAUAUUAGACUAGAAGAUGAACGAAGCAAUGUAUCAACCACAGAUAUGGUAUCAAACUUUAAAAUAUUAUUAUACAGAGCAUCAGUGAUCUUGUACAAUAAAUCUAAUAUGACAGAGUUAAUCAACUAUUCGAAAGAUUCUAAGCAUGGAUGGAAUUGUGCUGCUAACGAAAUUCUUGAGAAUGUAUCUGUUUUAAUUCCAGAAGUAUUAAAAUUUCAUGUUAAUAGUUUGACUGACAUACUCAUAAAUGCUGAAGGAAUAAUUGAUAGGGAUUCUGAAUUUUCUAUCUCAAAUAAUUUGAGAACUAUCUACCACUUUAUCAAGAGAUUUCCUGACCUAUUCCCUACAGAUUUAAAUUUCACAGAAUCAUUGAAAUCACUCGCCACUAAUGGCUCGCCCCGAGAAGCAACAUAUUCCAUAAAGGUAUUGGGGUUAAGUUCUAAAAAAGAAUUAUAUGGGUCUGCUAUCAUUAAUUCCAUUUAUCCUUUAGAUGUGAAUCAUACGCACUUUGUUACUCACUUAUCAGCUAUUGCGGAAUUGUUUCUAGUUGAUCCUCUAUCAGUAGAAGAUCUAGCAAGCGAUUUGACUGUUUUAUUGAUUAAAGAAAUAUUGUUGCAAAAUAGAAAGAACGACGAGGAAAAUUUAAUCGAAAAUGAAAUGUGGAUCGACGAUAGCAUGCUUGAUUGUCACUUUGAAAAAUAUACCACUUUGUAUGAAAAGAUAUUAGCGUUAAGGAUAUUUGUCAAUCGAUUAAAAUCUAUCGACAAAUCCUUUUCAAACAAACCUGAACCAACGCAAGAGGCUAUGUCAGUGGCACAACCUAUAUUUAAAUUAUUACUUUCUAUCAUAGGCAAUGGUGGUGAAAUUGUCAAAGAGAAAGCAGGAACCCUGUCUACACCUAAAGUUUAUCAGCUGAAAUUGAGGCUAACUGCUGGACUAUAUUUACUCAAGUUGGCAAAAUGUCCAAUUUUCAACCAUAUGUUCAAUCACUCAACAAUUAAUAGAUUAAUUUAUUUACUUCAAGAUCACAAUGAUGAUGUUAGACAUGAUUUUUUGAUGAAGCUAGAAAAGGAUUUAUCCGACGAAUCAGUCUCUGAACGAUUUUUACCGUUAAUAUUUUUUAUGGGACAUGAACCAAAGUUAACUUUAAAAUCUGACGCAAGUAUAUGGAUAAAAUCGAUGUACAAGAGAAAAGGAGCUAACAAUAACAUGAAAUUUGAAAGAUCAAUAGUUAGAUUGAUUCAUACAAUUGUACAUAAUGAUGAAUUCACUGAUUUGAUGAAGAAAUCUAUAAGUUUGUCUGACACAAGUGAACAAGAGAAUCAAUUGGUUAAGGCAUACUCAUACGCUCUGGAGUAUAUUAUAUUCUAUUUACUUACUAUUGGAAAGUCAGAAAACUGCUCUUUGUUAUACUACUUUGCAAGUCGUAUAAAACAAUAUAGGGAUGCGACUAUCGACCAAAGCUUAUAUGACGUCGAACCUUUGCCACAAGAAGUCUUGAAUAUUUAUUGUAUUGCUGAAUUAACACAAUUAAUUAUUAAGGAACUUUGCGAUAUAAAAGGUUGGACCUUGCAAACAUGGCCUGGUAAAAUCCAACUCUCGUCAGAUUUAUUUGCUCCUAUGACCAGCACUAAAGAGGCUCAUGAUAUUAUUACUAGAAUUUAUAUUGCAGACAAUCUUCAACUUAAACUAAGAGGCAUGUUUAAACAAAGAAUAUCAGGCACUGGCUUGAAAAGAAAAUCGAAUGAUAAUGGUGAUAUUGUUAAAAAGCCAAGGGUUAAGGUUAAUACAAUAAGUUCCAAACCCAAAUUUAAAGCUAUACUGAGAACAAAAUCGAAGCUGAUAAAGUCCGAUACUAAAUCUUCCGAUGAAUAUCGAGAGGCAAGAAAAAGUAAUCGUUCUAGACGCCAAGUAAACUAUAUUGAAGAAGAACGUUCGAGUAAUGAUGAAAAUGAUGAUAGUGAUGAAUAUAGCGAGUGA